UUUCAAACAAGCGGUGAAUUCAAUAAGAUGGCUGACAGCUAUAUUUGAAUUUUUAUCGCCAAAACAAUGAAACAAAAAGAGUCAGCUGGAGGUGGUGAUAGUGCCACAAGCAUUGAAAUGGCAACUCCUGCAGGAAAAGGUGCGGAUGCUGUAACAGAUGCUGACACUACAGCAGGAGGAAAGGGAAAGAAACUUGGCAUCAAGAGGAUUAAAAAGAAGCCAGACAUGAAUAUUUCAAAAGGAAAACUUAAAUCGGUCACAACACCAAAAAAUUUCAGCUUUAUGAACAUGUCAGUGCAGAAACAAACUUUACGGGCCAACAAUCGUGCCCUGGCACAGAAUUUAGCGAAAGCUCGGCAAGAAAUCCGGCAUCUAAACACGGAAAUGCAGACACUGCGUUCCCAGAACCAGGAGCAGUAUGUUGAGUUAAAUCGACUGAAACGUGUUGUGGGUUUGAAAGAUGAGCAGAUACAGAUGGAGGUUCAGCAGAGGAUCCAGGAUGAAAUGCAAGGAAUGCGCAGUCUGCUGGAAGAACUGACACAGUCCAUGAUGCAGUCAAGCACCUUUAUCACCAAGAUGAAUGACAAAUGUCUUGUGUACUGUUCUAGACGCAGCACUGAUAGCUGCAGAUCUGCUUCUCUCGGUAACAGUCAAGGCAACCAGUCAUUGAAUAGAUCAAAUACAAGGCCUGCAUUCAGAGAAAUGGUACAUAAAGACGAUUUAAUGGCCAAGUAUUUAUCAAAGGCGGAUGAAUAUACAGCUCCCCCUGGUGGCAGAGUUUUCAGUAACAACAAUGCUGCUGACAUGAGUAUCAUAGCAGAACAGUCAAUGAUUGAUAACGAUGAAGAAAUGUACAUGGCCAAGCCUCUUGUAUCAGUGGAUGAUACAAUCAUUGAAAUAAGUCCCGUUGAAACAGCACCUGCAAAACCAUUGUCUAAACUUCCCCAGCGCGUUCUAAAAUACACAGAUUCAACAACAUUAAACACAAACACAACUUCAUCUUCAGAGGCUUCGAGCACCUGCUCAGAUUUGGAAAGUAUAAGUCAUGUGCCAAAAACUGAAAAAGCAGGGAAGGGAUCCACAGCAAAAGAGUCUGCUGUGAAAGAAAAAGAGAAAAGCAGGUCUAAAAAUAGCAGGAGUAAGGUGGAAAAGUCUGGAAAAGAGAAAGACAUCGGUAAAGAAGGUGAUGUAAGCUCUAAGGAUUCAAAAUCAAAAGAAAGUAAUGAUGAUACAAACAAAGUUAUUCAGAUUAAUAAAAACAGAGCUGAUGAAGGUAAUGUAAUUGAAAGUAAAGACAAUAGCAUUGAUGCUGAUGUAAGUGCCUUUGGGUUUGGAGGAAGUUUUGCAGCAGAUUUGGUCUCGGGAUCUCCUAUCACUGCUGAGAAAAGGAGAGAAACUUUUAUAAUGUCAAAACAGACUGAUAGUUUAUCCGCUAAAACAAAAGAAAAGGAAAAAAGAAGAGAAACAUAUGUAAAAUCAAAAGAACCAGAUAACAGUGAAAUCAGGGUAUCUGAAAAGGAUGAAACUGCAAAGAGCAAAAGAGAAACAUUUGUUUUGCCGAAAGCUCCACUUGAAGCAGAUGUGAAAGGAAAUAAAAACAGGGUGAAGACAGGUAAUGUUAAAAAUGAUAAUAAGGGCAAGAAUAAACUAACAAAAGAGAAGUCUGAUGAUAAAUUAAAGUCAACAAUGAAACGUAGAGACACUUAUGCUACUGAAAAUCCAUUUAUUCCAAAAAAGACAAAUAUAUCGAGAAGUCCAGUUAAACCAUUGGAUAAGAAGAAAAUGAGGACUGAUGCUGUUGAAAAUCCUGCAGUUGAACCAUUGAAUGAAGAGGUGUAUAAUACCAUUGAAAAUCCCUUCAAGCCAACGAAAACCUUGCUUAGGAGCCCUGUUCAUGUAACUGUACAAAAUGCAAGCCCAGAAAAGAAGAUUGACAGUUUGGCUUUUCUUGCAAAAUUCCGAGAGAGCCUUGAUAGUAAACCAGUGGAAAGUUCACCUUUGCCUGAUCCAGUAUUUCCUGAUGAACCAACAACUUAUUUCAACUCAGAAAUGGAAUUCACUUCAGUAAUUGAUAGUACAAGAUUACUUAAAACACUAAGUAGGUCAGAAAAGAAUAGUCCUGUUGUUCCACAGGUAACUGAGACAAAACCUGAUGAUGCUGUGCAUUUAUUGGGAGAUGAACAUUCAAACAGUGAAAGCCAACCAAAAUCUUCAGGAAAAUUGGACUCUCAAAUGCAGCCAGAGUCAAAUGACACUGCUGCAGUUGAAGUAAGGACCAAAAAACCUGGAGUUUUUACAUUUAGUAUAGGACGCAAGGAAGCAGAUGGUACCAGAAAAGCCGUUCCAGAAAAAGUCAGCAAAGCCAGGUCCAAGAAGAAGAAACCAGUAACACCAGAGAAGGAAGAACGGAGGACCGGAUCUGAUCGAGAUAUGUUUAACUUUGGGGAUCGUACACCAACUAUGCCACUUGAUAAACUUGCAAAAGCUAGGAAUGUUUAUGAUUUGUCAAUGAAUGAAAGUGUUGCAGCUGCUCCUGUGAGCCUAAAUAACUUCAAAGAGAAAGAGCAGAAGAAUGUGACAGAAACCAAACCAGAUGAUCAAAAUAUUUAUUAUAUGCCUCUCAAAGGAGGCAGUCCUGAUGAUAAACCAGUCUCAAAGCGUGCUAGGUCACAGUCAAGGUCACGUUCAAAGUCUCGGAAAAAAGAUGAUGAUGAUGAUGAAGACUGGGUGCCAGGAGGGACAUCACAUACACGAUCAAAGUCACAAGUUAGAAAUACAAAAGAUGAAGAAACUUCAAGAAGGCGUGGGCGUUCACAGUCUCGUAGGAGAGUUGUUAAUGAUAGUGAAACAGAUGAAAAUGAGGUGGAAAUGUCCAGGGAGAGAUCAAAGUCAAAAAGUCGUAACACAGAAAAAGAAGAAACAGCAGAGAGGCAAGGUAGAUCUAGAUCACGUCAGAGAGUUUCAAAAGGUGAAAGUAGCAAGGAUGAUACAGAGGAAGACAAAGAAGAAUUAACAAGUAGACGCUGUAGAUCUAGAUCUCGCCGGAGAAUUUCAGAAGGUGAAAAUAUCAAAGAUAAUGCAGAGGAAGAAAAAUUAACAAGUAGACGGAGUAGGUCUAGAUCCCGUCGGAGAGUUUCAGAAGAUAAAAAUAGUAAAGAUAAUUCUGAGGAAGGUAAAGAAGAAUUUCCAAGUAGACGGGGCAGAUCAAGAUCACGUGGAAUAGUUUUAAAAGAUGAAAAUAGGAAGGAUGAUACAGUUGUAGAUAAAGAAGAAUUACCAAGUAGACGCUGCAGAUCUAGAUCACGUCGAAGGGCUUUAAAUGAUGAAGAUGGCAAUACUGAUAAAGUGGAAGAUAAAGUAGAAGGGAAAUUGAAAGCUGAGUCAAAACAUAUUACAGGAGAUGAUAAUGAUACUUCUGGUAACAGAAGUGGUAGAUCAAAAACAAGAGGACUUGAAUCUGAUAAUAAAAAGGAUAGAAUGGGGAGAUCCCGGUCCAGAGUUAGGCCUAAAACUGAUGAUGCGGAGUCCAAUAGUGAUGUGGUUAGAAGUAAAACAAUGUCGAAAAAUUCUGAAUUACAUUUAGAUGAAAUCAAUCUGGCACCUCGUAGAUCUGCAAGGUCUAAGUCACAAAUCAGAAAACCACUUGUUGAAGACAGUGAUGAUGAUAACGAUAUUGAUGAUAGUCCUCAGCUACAGAGAAAAUCGAGAUCUAGAAAAAAAACAUUUGAAAUCAAAGUUUUUGACACAGACACUGAGGUUGAGAAAGAAAGGGACGAAGUGCUUGAUAAACAAUAUCCACACCAGGAAUCAGUUCUGGUUGUUCAAGAUUCAGAUGAAAGUGAGACGCAAGAAGAUACGAAAGAUAAUGAAAAAUCCAGAAAAGCUUCUAAUUAUAAAAACAGUAACAUGGUAUCAGAACUUGAAAUCAUUGACAUUGCAGAAGGCGAAUCAGACUCUGAAAAAGUGCAAAAGCUUGAAAAGACACAACAGAAGUCGCGUCGACGUGCUAAGUCCACUAAAUAUGAUGACAGUGAUUUUGAGGAAAUUGUUGAAAAUGACAAAAUUAAAAGUAAAUCAAAAAAUUCAGAAAAUAGUAAGGGUGAACGCAAUAACAUAGAUGAUGAUAUAGGAAGGAAUUUUGAAUUUAUCAACAAGAGGCGAGGGAAAUCUCUUAGGAUACCAGAUGAUAACUCUGAUGAUAUUGAAAUAAAAAAGUCUGAUACUGUUGAUACAAAGAAAGAGUCAGUAACAUCAAACAGGGAUGAUAUAGAUAUAGAUGGAAAAUACCCAGAAUCUCCAAAACCUAACAGGAGGGAAGCAAAAUCUACAAAGAAGUCGACUAAGAAAAGAAAAGUAGAGGAUUCAACAUCUGGAAAAUCUGGAUUAAACAUUGCGGAGAAAUUAGACAAGGAUGAAGCAAUAAAGUCAAGCCACCACUAUUACAGUGUUACACCAGCUAUGGUACCAGAAACAAGUAAAAAGAGCGCCAAAACCUCACGGACAGCGAAGAGCACAAAGAAGGCUAAAGUAGAACGCCACCCAGAUCAGACCCCAGUCAAUAAAGAGGAAAAGAUAAAUAGCCAGAUAUCAGAUAAGACAAGCACGUUGGCCCUGUUGAAGAAAAGACUGACAAUGGUUGGUAUGAAGCAUACUGUUGAGGAAGAUGUGAAAAGUGGGGAUCAUCCGUCCAGAAAGAGAUCUCAGCCUGAAGUAGAUGAGCCACAGAAUGACGGAUGUGAUACCCCUGGGAAGCGCUCGAGGCGGAACAAAAAUCCUGUCAGCUAUGUUCCUAAACCGCUCAAUGUGAAACUGAGACGAGGAGAUGAGAUGUUCCAGGAUUCCAUGUCUAAAGUGAAGGCAGAGCAGAGCAGACUUCUGAUUGCAAAGAAAACAAGUGUCCCAAAAAUAAGCCGUGAAGACAAGGAAAAUAUAAUGCAGACAUAAUUGUCGGCUGACUGAAAGUUGCCUGAGGAAACUUCUUGGAACCAGAAUAUGCUUAAUUACUAUAAACCAGCAGAGUCUUGUCAUUUGAGAUAAGGGAAUGUGUCUAGGCAUUUGUGUUGUUGACCAUUUGGGACAAUUUGAUGAAAGUAUGAACACUUGUGUUGAAAGUCUGGUUAGGAUGGUGGAAAGGCAUAAUGAUGUCUUUCUGUUUUAUAAAUUUUAAAAAUGCAGUGUGGAAGGGGUUUUUCUGACUUGAGGAGAGGACAGGUUUUAACCUUAAUGGUGAAAGAGUUGUUUCUAGGACAGCUGUAUUGGUCACAACCUAGAGUAAAGUCUGUAAUUUAACCUUGACCCUCCAAAUUACUGACAGAUAUUUUUUUUUGUAAACCAACGCAAGAUUACCUUCUUGUAUGUCUUCUUUUAAUUUUAAUUAAAAAAUUAGAAAUAACCUUAAAUUUUAUAUUCAGUUAGCUACACAAAUGUUGCAAACCUUGUUUGCAUGAUUUAUGAUUAAAUAUAGAUUUGCUGUAGUGCUUUUUACUGUUUGUUAAUAUUUUUUUUAUAUAAUCAGCCUGUCAGAAAAGUGUUUCAAUGCUUUGAAUAUAUUUAGGAAAGUCAUACUUUGAAAAGGGAGGUAAUUAGAUCAUAAUUAGGUGAGUUAAUAGGUCAAGAACCACAACUCUGGCUUGCAGAUUGCUUAUAUGUAAGCACUUCCUGAGAGGUCUCUGCACUGUAGGCAGUUUACAAUAGAAAACAAUGUCUGUUAAUUUGGCAAGAGGACUAGAUAUCUAUAAAAAUUAUGGUAUCAUCAUGUUAUGUCACAAAUACUUCAUAUUUUAAAGGCACAUCUGGCAGUUUAAUAUUGGUAAGAUACACAGAUCUGAUGGUUUGACUAUUAUUAAUUAGAUAUUUACAUUUUACAGUUUCUUUGUCCUUUAUUGUAUGUUUUUUUCAAAGCAGUUGAAAUGAUUAAAGGAAGUGAAGUUUAUAUUUCUAGUGGGUGGGGGAGGGGAGAAAUGCUGUGUAUUUAACCUGUUUUUAGCUCACCUGUCACAAAGUGACAAGGUGAGCUUUUGUGAUCGCGCGGUGUCCGUCGUCCAUGCGUGCGUCUGUAAACUUUUGCUUGUGACCACUCUAGAGGUCACAUUUUUCAUGGGAUCUUUAUGGAAGUUGGUCAGAAUGUUCACCUUGAUGAUAUCUAGGUCAAGUUCGAAACUGGGUCAUGUGCCAUCAAAAACUAGGUCAGUAGGUCUAAAAAUAGAAAAACCUUGUGACCUCUCUAGAGGCCAUAAUUUUCAAUGGAUCUUCAUGAAAAUUGGUCAGAAUGUUCAUCUUGAUGAUAUCUAGGUCAAGUUGGAAACUGGGUCACGUGUGGUCAAAAACUAGGUCAGUAGGUCUAAAAAUAGAAAACCUUGUGACCUCUCUAGAGGCCAUAUAUUUCACAAGAUCUUCAUGAAAGUUGGCCAGAACGUUCACCUUGAUGAUAUCUUGGUCAAGUUUGAAACUGGGUCACGUGCCAUCUAAAACUAGGUCAGUAGGUCAAAUAAUAGAAAAACCUUGUGACCUCUCUAAAGGCCAUAUUUUUCAUGGGAUCUGUAUGAAAGUUGGUCAGAAUGUUCACCUUGAUGAUAUCUAGGUCAAGUUCGAAACUGGGUCAUGUGCCAUCAAAAACUAGGUCAGUAGGUCUAAAAAUAGAAAAACCUUGUGACCUCUCUAGAGGCCAUAAUUUUCAAUGGAUCUUCAUGAAAAUUGGUCAGAAUGUUCAUCUUGAUGAUAUCUAGGUCAAGUUCGAAACUGGGUCACGUGCGGUCAAAAACUAGGUCAGAAGGUCUAAAAAUAGAAAAACCUUGUGGCCUCUCUAGAGGCCAUAUAUUUCACAAGAUCUUCAUGAAAGUUGGCCAGAACGUUCACCUUGAUGAUAUCUAGGUCAAGUUCGAAACUGGGUCACGUGCCGUCAAAAACUAGGUCAGUAGGUCAAAUAAUAGAAAAUCCUUGUGACCUCUCUAAAGGCCAUAUUUUUCAUGGGAUCUGUAUGAAAGUUGGUCUGAAUGUUCAUCUUGAUGAUAUCUAGGUCAAGUUCGAAACUGGAUCAUGUGCCAUCAAAAACUAGGUCAGUAGGUCUAAAAAUAGAAAAACCUUGUGACCUUUCUAGAGGCCAUAUAUUUCACAAGAUCUUCAUGAAAAUUGGUCAGAACGUUCACCUAAUGAUAUCUAGGUCAAGUUCGAAACUGGGUCACGUGCCGUCAAAAACUAGGUCAGUAGGUCAAAUAAUAGAAAAACCUUGUGACCUCUCUAAAGGCCAUAUUUUUCAUGGGAUCUGUAUGAAAAUUGGUCAGAAUGUUCAUCUUGAUGAUAUCUAGGUCAAGUUCGAAAAUGGGUCACGUGCGGUCAAAAACUAGGUCAGUAGGUCUAAAAAUAGAAAAACCUUAUGACCUCUCUAGAGGCCAUAUAUUUCAUGAAAUCUUCAUGAAAAUUUGUCAGAAUGUUCACCUUUAUGAUUUCUAAGUAAAGUUCGAAAGUGGGUCACGUGCCGUUAAAAACUAGGUCAGGAGGUCAAAUAAUAGAGAAACCUUGUGACCUCUCUAGAAGCCAUAUUUUCCAUGGAAUCUGUAUGAAAGUUGGUCUGAAUGUUCAUCUUGAUGAUAUCUAGGUCAAAUUUGAAACUGGGUCACGUGCCGUCAAAAACUAGGUCAGUAGGUCAAAUAAUAGAAAAACCUUGUGACCUCUCUAAAGGCCAUAUUUUUCAAUGGAUCUUCAUGAGUGUUGGUCUGAAUGUUCAUCUUGAUGAUAUCUAGGUCAAGUUUGAAACUGGGUCAACUGCGAUCAAAAACUAGGUCAGUAGGUCUUGAAAUAGAAAAACCUUGUGACCUCUCUAGAGGCCAUACCCUUGAAUGGAUCUUCAUGAAAAUUGGUCAGAAUGUUCACCUUGAUGAUAUCUAGGUCAAUUUUGAAACUGGGUCAUGUGCCUGAAAAAACUAGGUCAAUAGGUCAAAUAAUAGAAAAACCUUGUGACCUCUCUAAAGACCAUAUUUUUUAAAUGGAUCUUCAUGAAAAUUGGUCAGAAUUUUUAUCUUGAUAAUAUCUAGGUCAAGUUCAAAACUGGGUCACAUGAGCUCAAAAACUAGGUCACUAUGUCAAAUAAUAGAAAAAACGACAUCAUACUCAAAACUGGAUCAUGUGGGAAGAGGUGAGCGAUUCAGGACCAUCAUGGUCCUCUUGUUUUUUUUAACACAGAUACUUUUUGUCAGACUUGCUGCCAGGUUGAGAUGCAUUAACUUGUGGAGUUAAGCAUGCUGCACACUGAGUAUUUGUGUUUAACUUAAUGAAUUUAAAGCUGUUGAUUUAUAGUAAAAUUUCUUUUAUCUGUACAGGGUUGGGAUUUUUGAAAAAUAUGAGCAAUGUUUUCACAUAUAGAAUAGAUGUUGUAAGUAGACCUAUUGUAUGUCACUUUAGCUACCUGUAGAGUAUUUAUUUGUAUCAAAAUUUUGUCUGUAAAAUAAAAUAUUUAGUUUA